CGCAGGUGCUGCAGGCACGGGAUUUUUGUUGUUGUUGUGGUGGUGGUGGUAGUGGUUCUUGCUAGAAAGCAGCUGGAGCACCAGGUCAGGGCGCAUUCAAAUGAACCACAUGGAGCCAGCGAGCGGCGCCCAGGCCCCGGGCCCUGCUGUGAAGGCCCCGCCAAAGGUCAGGGCUUGGUCCGCGUGACGCGCCUUCCUGCGCCCGGCCGAGCCACGCCGGGCCCCAGCUAAGGUAUCUGCGCUCCUCAAACAACAGGAAUGCUGCACUGGCCUUGGGCCAGCGGAGGCUCAGCGAGCAGGAUACGAUUUCAGUGCAGAUUUACGGGAAGCGGCCGGUGCUGGGAGUAGAAAUCUGGUUUGCUCGGGUACCGAAAGAAUUAAGACAGCUUGCACCAGGUCCCCCAGCAGCAGUCCGCGGGUCCUUGGCUCCUUGAGGAGGUCUGGAUUUGCUUCAAAGAAGACUCAAAAAAUUGAGCAGAGAAAUCCCAAGCAAGCCGCCCGAAAAAAAAAAAUCCCUUCAUAACCCAUUUCACAUCUUACAAGGAACCAGAUCAGUUGAAUUGUUAGUUUUGGCCGCGCCAGCCGUGGAUGCCUCUGACAUCAUGACCGCCGAGGAUUCCACCGCAGCCAUGAGCAGCGACCCGGGAGCGGCCCCGGCCGCAGUCAGCUCCGCCAAGGUGCCGGAGGGCGUGGCGGGCGCGCCCAACGAGGCGGCCCUGCUGGCGCUGAUGGAGCGCACGGGCUACAGCCUGGUGCAGGAGAACGGGCAGCGCAAGUACGGGGGUCCCCCGCCGGGCUGGGAGGGCGCGCACCCCCAGCGGGGCUGCGAGGUCUUCGUGGGCAAGAUCCCCCGCGACGUGUACGAGGACGAGCUGGUGCCGGUGUUCGAGUCGGUGGGGCGCAUCUACGAGCUGCGGCUGAUGAUGGACUUCGACGGCAAGAACCGCGGCUACGCCUUCGUCAUGUACUGCCACAAGCACGAGGCCAAGCGCGCCGUGCGCGAGCUCAACAACUACGAGAUCCGGCCGGGCCGCCUGCUGGGCGUGUGCUGCAGCGUGGACAACUGCCGCCUCUUCAUCGGCGGCAUCCCCAAGAUGAAGAAGCGCGAGGAGAUCCUGGAGGAGAUCGCCAAGGUCACGGAGGGCGUGCUGGACGUGAUCGUCUACGCCAGCGCGGCCGACAAGAUGAAGAACCGCGGCUUCGCCUUCGUGGAGUACGAGAGCCACCGCGCCGCCGCCAUGGCGCGCCGCAAGCUCAUGCCCGGCCGCAUCCAGCUGUGGGGGCACCAGAUCGCCGUGGACUGGGCCGAGCCCGAGAUCGACGUGGACGAGGACGUCAUGGAGACCGUGAAGAUCCUCUACGUGCGCAACCUCAUGAUCGAGACCACCGAGGACACCAUCAAGAAGAGCUUCGGCCAGUUCAACCCGGGCUGCGUGGAGCGCGUCAAGAAGAUCCGCGACUACGCCUUCGUGCACUUCGCCAGCCGCGAGGACGCCGUGCACGCCAUGAACAGCCUCAAUGGCACCGAGCUGGAGGGCUCCUGCCUCGAGGUCACGCUGGCCAAGCCCGUGGACAAGGAGCAGUACUCUCGCUAUCAGAAGGCGGCCAAGGGCGGCGGCGGCACGGUGGAGGCCGCGGCCGCCGCGCAGCAGCCCCCGGGCUACGUGUACUCCUGCGACCCCUACACGCUGGCCUACUACGGGUACCCCUACAACGCGCUCAUCGGGCCCAACAGGGACUACUUCGUGAAAGCAGGCAGCAUAAGAGGCCGGGGGCGAGGUGCAGCUGGCAACAGAGCCCCAGGGCCCAGGGGCUCCUACCUUGGGGGAUACUCUGCUGGCCGUGGCAUUUAUAGCCGAUAUCACGAAGGGAAAGGAAAGCAGCAAGAAAAAGGAUAUGAACUUGUGCCGAAUCUGGAAAUCUCUGCCGUCAAUCCAGUUGCCAUUAAGCCUGGUGCAGUGGCCAUUCCUGCCAUCGGAGCCCAGUAUUCCAUGUUUCAGGCAGCCUCCGCCCCGAAAAUGAUAGAAGAUGGCAAAAUCCAUACCAUGGAGCAUAUGAUCAGCCCCAUUGCAGUGCAGCCAGACCCAGCUAGUGCUGCUGCCGCCGCCGCUGCCGCUGCCGCCGCCGCUGCAGUCAUUCCUGCCGUCUCCACCCCACCACCUUUCCAGGGUCGCCCCAUAACUCCAGUGUACACCGUGGCUCCGAAUGUUCAGAGAAUUCCUGCUGCCGGCAUCUAUGGGGCCGGUUAUGUCCCAUUUGCCGCCCCGGCCACAGCCACCAUCGCCACACUACAGAAGAAUGCAGCCGCCGCCGCGGCCGUGUACGGAGGCUACGCGGGCUACAUACCUCAGGCCUUCCCCGCCGCUGCUAUCCCGGUCCCCAUCCACGACGUCUACCAGACGUACUGAGCCUGGUUGCCCCCAGGGACAAGCCACCAAGCCACCGCUGAAGGAACGAACACUCUACUAUUUAUGAAGACAGAAUGUGUUCCAUUCCUACCUACAUGGGUCCUGAGUGAAGAAUGUCAAAUAUCACACCAGAAAACGCUAUAUAUAGAGAGAGAAAGUUUUCACUCGGGUUUUGUUGUUGUUGUUGUUUUUUAAAGACUUUCCAACUUAGCAGGCCUGUGUUCAUACAUUUCUAAGAGACUUGCAAAAAAGGUUCGUGCCUUAAUUCCAUCUUUUUUUUUUUUUCCCAAAUUUGUACGACACUUGUAUAGAGGUUUUCCGGGGUUUUUGUUGUAUUGUGUUGUUUUCUAAGGAUAUAUUUUCAGUAUGAAGGUUAUUUUCUUAACUGUUGCACUCCAGAGAUUUCUAUUUUGUAGUACUUUCAAGAAUAAUCUUAUCACCUAUAUAUUAAAAAGAUUUUUAAAGCACCCUUGAGCAGCUAGGGAACUAUUUUGAAAAAAAUAUAUAUAUUCAAUAUUUAAAGAUACGAACGAUAGUGCUUUAAAAUACUACAUAAGACAUUUUUUUUGAAAGUGGUACUGGAAUGUGCAAUUUUAAAUAAAUUAAAACCUCUGCUGUAUUUUUUCUGCUGGUAUCAAGGGCUGGUGAUGUGACAAUGCCUUUAUUUUUUUAGUUGAAAUGAAGCACUCAGCCUCUCCUUAAACCAGCCUGGGAAAGACUCAUCCGUGCUCUGAGUCUAACACUGGAAAGCCCUGACCUGCCAUCUUUCCCCGGCCCUCAUUCUCUAGGUGCCUUUCCUGCUACUAAUCCCUUCCUCUCUCCUCCAUCUCCCAAUUCAUCUCCAAUGUUUCUCAAGUUUAGGACAAAUAGCUAAACUGCAGUAGAGGGGGAAAAAAAAACCUACUAUCUUUUAUACUUCUUCCUGGGUUUAUACUGGGUCUUUUUGUUUUGUGAUAAAUAUUUUUUGGAGGGAUUUGGGAGGUUUUAUCUUCUAUCUGUGCUCUUUUCAAUAGCAGACUACAUGUAAGCACAAGGUUUUAAUAUGUUUGCCUAAGACAUCUUUGCAUAGCUAUUUAAUUGUCCAGUAUAAAACUUUUAAGUCCCUUUCUACUGCUUUUCAUUAUUAUUAUUUUGAAGUAUGAGUUUUUAGAGACAAAGAAUGUAUGUGCUUCUAGACAAGGCCCUAAAGACUUGUCAGCAGAAAGCCAAGCCUGUAGUUUGCCUUAUCAUGCAUUAUGCAAAACGUCUGUGGGUUGUCAGAGGGGCUGGAAACGUGAUGUUUGUUGAACAGGGCUGUCCCUCCAGUACUGUGCACUUGGCAGUGAACUUGGACCAUGCACAUCCCGGAGCAGGAGAGACCUGCCAGAGUUGAAAGAAAGUUUGUAAAUAUCUUCUAAUGCUUACUUUCAAUCCUUUCACGUUGAGGAAGUUCAUGGCAUAUAGUUCAAUGCAAAACUGAAACCAUUUUAUUUCAAUGUUAUUAUUAGUUAAGCAGAUUUGUUUUAUUAGGAAAUAUAUUGUCCAGUGUUUAGUGCCUGUUUUGUCACAGGUUUUUUUGUUUCACAGAGUGAAUGUAAAAUACAGUCACAUGUUAAGAUUGUCAUGUUUUAUGAACUACAUCAAGUUAACUUUUUUAUUAAAAAAAGGCUUUAAUCAAGAAAAUGAGGUGUGCAGUAGGUAGCAGGUACACCAUUGUGUUUUAUGUCAUGGUAGAGAUCUGUGAAAUAUUUCUAACUCACUGGAUUUUUGUGGAUGGCGGAAUUCUUACUUGUGGAUUCAUAAGAGGACCACGCCCUUAGCAAAUACUUUUCGAGUAUCUGCUUAUUGUCUUUAUUAUUUAAAAAAAAAUAGGAGAUUCCCAAAUGCCUUCCAUCCCUGCUCAUCUCGAUGAGCUUUUAUAUAUAUAAGGAAUAUUUAUUUUUUAGCUAUUCUAUAAAAUUAUUGAGUGCCUGCUAAGGCCUUUAAACAUUCCUGGUAUUCCUUUCCAUCCUUCUUGUAUGACAUGAAGUAAUCGUGCAAUGAUUCUGAUGCUCUAGCCAGAAAGCUGCAUGCAAAUGCAAGUGCACGGGCGAGCAAAACCUAACCAAAAAAUGCCAUUCGGAUCCGACCCUCUUCCCUUGACUUGUGUGAAAGAAAGCAAGCAUCAUUCUUCCAGCAAAUGAUUGUUCACAGAGAUUCACUGGAUGACAUGCUGGCCCAGUGUUCCUACUGUAUUUUACAUGUGCCUAUAAACCAUUUGCAAAAAAUAAAAUAAAAUAAAAGGUGUUAUCUUAACCUGGCAACCACCAGGCUACCUUGAAAACAAAUGUUGGUGACAGCCAGUUAAGUUACCCAAAACCCUCUGUGGUCUUACCUGUUCCUAUUUGAAAAACCAUUUCAUGUACACACUACUGAGGUGAGUCUAUAACUUGAAAUGUGAACUCUUUUUUUUUUUUUAGGGUUAA